AUGGCCAGCGUCAAAAAGAGAGAUGUUGGGAAUCGCAUCAAGAGGAGCUCCUUGGAGGACCGCCUGGAGCGUAAUUACCGUCAGAAGGUGAGGAUCAUCCGCGGCUUGACCGCCCGAAAUGCGAGUGCCAAGGAUCUGGACCUCUGCGCGAAGUGGAUGUACGUUUUCAGUCGGGCCACGAAGGAGGAGGGCAGGGCCAGGGACUACCUCCUGGAGCAGAUGCUGCGGCAGCUGAGAGAGUCGGGUCAACUGUCGCUGCCUUUCACUAACCUGGCGAAUUGCAGCUUGGAGCUGCGUCUCCUGCUGGACGAGGAGGGACGUCAGCGAUUGCGUCGCUUCAGUCCCCCGCAGGUGGUGGCCCCACGGCCAUCGAGCUGCAUCCUGGCCACCAGGCGGAUUAAGCCGUCUUCGUUCGAGUGGCGAAGGAGGGUGCAGCACCUCGACCAUCUGGAAGACCAGUACUGGCGCGAGGAGCAGGAGAUAUGGAACCUAGAUCUCCCAACAGAGGAAUGUCCCGAACCCAAGCCAACGCCCAUAGCGCCCAAAGCGAAGAAAACUGGGAAGACCUUUGGCCUCCAGGUGGAUGUACCCGUGCUCUCGCCGCGGGCUGAACGAGAUCUCUGCGAGCGCGAGCGAAAACAGCGUCAGAUCCUGAAGCGGCGGGAACGCGAUCGUCUGGAGCGGCAGGUCAGGGAGCAGGAGCGGGAUCGGCAAAGGAUUCUGCUGGCCGAGCAGCGGAAACUGGACAGCCAGCGCCUGGAAAAAGCACGUCAACAGCGCGAUCGGCGGUUGCGGGAGCAGCAACUGAAGGUCAAGGAGCGACGGGACUAUGAGCGCUAUCUGCUGCUAAAGAAGCGCGAGGCGCAACGCUUACAGGAUCAGCGGUUGUGGACUCAGCGGCGUCCUUGCACACCUUCAUCCGAGGAUUUCAAAGUCCGGGAGCUGGAGCAGCAUCCUAAUCAGGAACUUAGACACGAAGUUAAAAGCAGGUCAGAAGCCAUUGCCAUUACCAUGCCAGUCGAGUCAGAUGCUACCAAAAGUUCGAGACGUGAGCAGCAGCUGCACCUAAGGGCGGAAAACAUAAAACGGAAAGUGUUGGCCUAUGAGCAGCUAAAGGAAUACCAUCGGGAAAAGGCGCGGUCCGAGAGGGAGAAACAGCUCAGAAAGCGACGGGAGCGGGACUCAAAGGAGCCAUUGGGGGCGAACGAAGAAGUUGAAAGUAACAACCAAAUAGAAAAAGGAGAAAAAAACAAGAAUCUACAGAAGAAAGCGAGAAAACCAGGAGGAGAGUUUGAACAAAAAGAUUUUGAAAAAAAAGUAAGCACCGAUCAGGGUGAAGACAUUGUAGGGAUAAGGGAACAGGAGCAAAAAAGACUCAGGAAACACCAGGAAAAAAUAAAAGAAACCGAUCGAAUGCAAAGAAAAGACUUCGAAAGAAUGCGGCAACAGGAGGUCACAAGUCUUUCUGAAAGCAUAGAAAAAGUAGAACCCGAGCUAACAACUGUUAAGGAACGCAAGAAGAAAGAAGAUAUUGCGAAAAAAGAAUUGAAAUCAGAAACCGAUCAAAGGGAAAGGGAAGAACACGAAAGAAAGCGGGAACAGGAGCUUCAAGCUCUUCUUAACGAACGCCGGGAGAGAGAAGAAUUCGAACGAAAAGUUUUGGAAAGACUAGAAACCGAACGAAAAGAAAGGGAAGACUUGGAAAGAAGAAGGCAACACGAACUCAUAAGCCUCAAGGAACGUCAGGAGAGAGAAGAGUUUGAACGAAAAGAACUGGAAAAAAGACUUGAAACAGAUCGAAAGGAAAAGGAAGACUUGGAAAGAAAACGAGAGCUGGACCUUAAAUGUCAAAAGGAACUGCGUGAAAGAGAAGAGUUUGAAAAAAAAGUUUUUGAAAAACUAGACAAAGAGCGAAAAGAAAGAGAAGUCUUUGAAAGAAAGACAUGCGAAGAACGUGAACGUGAAGGAAGAACGAUCGAAGAACUCAAAGCUACCCUUAAUGAAGUACAAAAACGAGAGAUAAAAAGGAACGAGGAACUAGAAAAAAUAGCACAAGAAAAACGGGAGCUAGAAAAAAGAGAGCAAGACGAGUGCGAAAGAAUAUCUAAGGAAGAAGAGCUCGUUAGGGAAAGAAGACUUUUGGAAAAGAUCAAGCAAAGCAAAAGCGAAAGGGAAGAGUUGGAAAGAAAUGCCAGAGAAGAAGAUCUCAAGAGGGAAAAGAUUCUUAGGAGGUGGCUUCAAAUGCAGGAGGAAGAAGAGAUGAUGGAAAAAAAAGAAAGAGAUAUUAGGCAGAAAAGGAUACUUGAAAAAUGUGAAAGAAAAAUCAUUGAUAGAACUAGUGAGCUGACAGAUAGAGAGGAGAAAGAGAGAAAGGACCGAGAAGAACAUAUUCGACAAAAAAAAGACAUACUAUUACAGGAUCAGCAGAAAAAGUCAAAGCUGGAGGAUAACCGCUUAAAAAGAAAGGAAGAAGAGCACCUUAGAGACAAGCUGGAUCGAGAGGAAAGAGACUGGAAUCAAAGAAUUGAACUGCUAAGACAGACUACGGAGGGAGGAAUCCAGCUGGAAAGUAAGGCAAUAGAGGUCUCGAGAAAAUUGAAGAAGCAUUUUGAAAGACGACUGGAACUUUACCAAAACGAUGACAUGCGGGAAAACAAGUCGAAUAAUAUUUUGUUCGAAAAUCCUCCAGGAGACAUACAGAAACUGGGGUCAACCAGCAAGGAUGUUCAUAUCAGUUUAAAUAGGCUCAAUGAGAAGCAUAGCAGCAGGCUAAGCGGAGAGCUUGAGCUGCGCUUGGAAGCAGGGGUGCUGUCAGAUCGAAACUUUAUCCAGAGAAAUAAUAUGAGGAGAAUGGCUGCUGAACCAAAGUCAAAGGAUGUAGACGACGAAUACUGUUCUCAUCAGCAGCUCGGAACCCAAAAAACCAGAUCGAGUUCCAGUCGUGAGUAUUUUUAUCCGGGAUCCUUGAAGUGUCGCCGCGAGCGAUGGGCUCGCUUCAUGGGCAGUGAAGAUAAUUCCGAGUCAGGGAAUUAUGCAAGACAGGGACGAGAGUCCCUGAUCGGCAGGUCUUCCAGCGCCGAAAACAAUCCUGAACCUCGCUACUCCUUGGUGGGAAGAUACAGUCCGCAAAGGAAAUCCUAUACGGUGAAUCACCAGAAUGUUCCACCCACCCCAUAUGGAAACACCGAGCAGCAGGAAGCUUAUGGCUCCUAUGUUCGCAAUCGGGUGGCCGAGUGGCGGAAAAUGCUUCGGCCAAGAUCAUCUUCCACUGACGAGAAAGAACUUGAAGAGAAGCGGGAAGAAGGUGGAGGAAUAGCAGGUGACAUUGGCUUGACUUACUGCACGAGGACUGGCAAAAAACGAUAUACCCAGAUCAAACAACCUGAGAUUAGCCGAGAUCAAAUUAUGAUGAAGGAGGACCGGGGCCAGCAAAGACGUGUUUUUGGCCAGCUCUUAUCGCAAGCUAGGACUUCGGAUUACCAUCCCGACAUAUUGGCUGCCGAAAAUUGCCUUCUACAGAAGAAACUGUCAGAGGGUCAAGCUAAGGCCACAAACAAUUAUAUCCAGGAAGCAAUGUUGUUGGUAGCAAGACGUUUAAUCAGUGUUUUUCAGAGUGAUGAAACAUACGUCAGUUCCGAAGAAGAAAACGAAACUUAUGACGAUAAAGUGCCCGCGCAGAUCUAUCUACAGGAGAUCAAGACCAAGGCCAAGCUUCCCAGGCCAGUUUUUAAAACUCUGAUGAAAAUUUUUCCUUCAUCAGACGAACUUAUUAUGCCCCAUUUUGUGGAGAAAAUCGGCAUUUUGGACAUCGAGCUAGAGGUGCAUCUUAAAAAGAUUUGUAAUCGCGUGUUCGGUCGACAAGGUGAUAAAAUUCUGCGCCGCAAUGCAGAGCAGUUGAUGCAUCAACAGCGGUUCGUACAAAGCUGCCACCUGACCGAAAUGUGCCGGGAUUCCGAAGAGCAGACCCUGCGGCAGUGGAGGCGGCUGGAAAGGAACCUUCUGGUCGGGAUCAGGAAUCUCUUUUACGAUUAUUGCGAUAUGCGCGACGCACUGCCAAGUGUAACCCUUCAGACGAUCGAGCGUCUCUAUAGCGAGUGGAAGGCUCGGAGGUUCACUAUCGUUUAG